AUGGUAGCACAAGAAUCGACGACGGCGCAGGUCCAGCAGCCCAAUGAGGCCAUCAAGAUGACGAUGCAGCCUGCCAACGAGUCGCAGAACGAACAGCAAGUCGCCGAGGAACUCAGAGGUGGCGGAUGCAUGAACGACAUCUGCCGGUGCCUCAUGUGCUGCUGCAUCUUCGAAACCAUCUGCGCAUGCAUCGGAUGUGACGAGGUGCUAUAG